CUGUUAUGUAGUUCCUGGAUGUUGGUCUCGCACACUGCACACCACCACACACUAUGGACUGGUGCAAAGCACACAACACAUGCUCGCAUCCUUACAAAAGCCUCUUUCUGCAUGUGGCAGGGUACCUGGCAUCACACAAUGCACCUUGUCCAGCAACCGUGUGUGUUUCCCUCGGCUGUCCUCUCACCCUGUCUUCCCCCUCGAGUCUGCCGUUCUGCCAAGCGGACAUGCGGAGAAAAGACGAUAAGUGCCCACUACGCAUCCAUCACAUUAAACAACGGAGUGGCGCCCCAAUUGUCAUGUUUGAAGGAUCUUGAUAACCAAGAAAAUACCGAGAUAUUGAGAGGCCAAAUCGAAGAGCAAAAUCUUGUUUGUAGAAUCUUGCCGGCCAAGAUUCCAGUGCAUCAAACCCGCACCCUCGCCAACCUCUCCAUCCCACUCUGAUCUGAGCUUACCUCUCAAGACCUCUCUCGCCACCCUUCAUCAGGUAUAUCUAAAUACGGCCCUCAAAUAUGCGCCCAUUAUCCGUGGCGGCGCCGACGCUUGCUAUUAUCACCACUUUUGCCUCCUCGGUUGGUGCCCUUCAAUCUCUUGGGAACUCGCCAUGUGCAACGCAGUGCGGAAAUAUUUUGAGUAGUACGUCAGGAUUCGAUAUAGAGUGCCAGGACGCCAGAUACUACGUGACACCAGGUUCAAUAUUUCAGGCCUGCGUUUCUUGUCAAUUAGCGUCUAAGUAUGUGGAUCCGCAAACAAAACAAACAGAUUUGCAAUGGGGGUUAUGUAAGUUGCCUGUCUGUUCAAUAAAUCCAGUUUAAGAGCUGAUGAUGGCCUUUACAGAUAAUUUGAGAUAUGCCGUGAGUUGGUGCUUAUUUGGCUACCCAAAUAACAAUCAUACAGAUAGUACGCCGUGUACAACAAGGUAUGUUUUUCAAGCUUCGGUUCUCAUCAACUCGGCUGAAUAACUCCCAGUUUCUCCUGUGGGUUAGUGCAAAGUGGUUUCGAGUUCGACUCACUCAAUCCUGCUUCUUCACAAUAUGGAUAUUGCACACAAUAUCAUCCCAAUGAUGUUCUGUCUUGCAAUAAUUGCCUCAAACUGCAACAAGGAAAAUUCUAUCUUAACAAUUGUAAGCUUUACCAUGCUCCAUGUGAUGCUUGUCUAUUUUCAGCUUAACUUUACUAACGAGAAGUCUAGUUGCAACGGCUCUAGAUGCAGCUUGUCAACAGCAGCCCGCUCCCGGACAAACAAUUUCAGUUGAAGGGAACGUAUUCUCAGAUAUAAAACUAAACAUCAGUACUCCAAAACCCGAUGACGGAGGCACCUACUCCCCAAUGGGCGGACUUUCCGUCGGAGCAAAGGCAGGUAUCGCAGUGGCAGCCCUCAUAGUUCUAUUAGCCAUUACAGGCUUCUGCAUUAUUUGGAAAGGACGUCGACGCCGUCGUCGCAUAUUGCAGCAAAGACAACGGGAAAGCGGUUACGCAGACUGGAGAACGCACCAUAAUUUCGAACAAGCAGAAGUUCAUGGUGGAAGCGGGCCUGGCGAUGCACAAAUGCAAGAUGGCAGUUCAAGCGCAGGUGGAUUCUUCGAUUCUCCGGCGAGUACGAGACCCUUAGUGAAUUCAAGGCCAUGGGCACCUGCGAAUCGAGAGGAAGAAAGCCCUCUGAGUGCCGUGGGAGAGAAAGCUUACUUCAGCCCUUAUUCAAGUCACUACUCAAGUCCUGUAUCGCCCGAACAACAGAUGGCUAUGGGGACUUGGUCGCCAGAUCGAAAGGGGAGUGUAGGGUUUGGUAGGAGCCAGACUCGGAAUGUCGACAAUAUCGAGAGGGUGGAGAGGGAACCAGAUGGUGACAGAAUCGAGAUGCAGAAUGUCGCGCCAGUCCUCCUUCACCCCGGAAACGGACGAGGAAAACCGGCUGGACCACACCCAGAAGAACCAAGAAACUUUUAGUUUUCUUGGUAUCGAAAGCUUUCCUCACUGCGGUUCAUUUACGUGUUGCAUCUAUUUGCGGCUUAUUCGGACGAUCAUUUGACUAUGGGAUUUCUAUUUGUUCUCAAAGGAGAAUUGGGAAGGAGUAAAGGAGGGGCUGUAAGUCAAUUUGGUUUGGCGACCUGGGUAGAACAUGUGGGAUUAUUUGGCUGUGCAUUUUGUUUGUUUAUGUUCUUUUUGGAUACCCGGACGAUGAAGGAUCUCAUCCUGUUUUUGCUUUCAUUUUGGCUUAUUGCGGAUCGCUAUUGUUUCAACGACUUAAUUAGAUACAGAAGAGAAGAAGAGGGACAGCAAAAGCUGGGGGCUGGAUUUAGGCAGGAGGCUGUGGUAGUAACGAGUAUUAUAUGUAUGACCAAUUUGCA